GGGGGGUGCGUGGUGACGUCACGCGGGGCCUGCACUGUGCCGCGUCUGCCUCGCCAUUACAACCACAAACAAUCGGCGCGGCCGCGCGUCACACAAAUCGCGGCAUCGCUGCCGCCCGCGCGGAUCCACGAUUCGGCCAAAGCGGACAACGGUAACAACAGCAGCAGCACCAUCACUCGUAACAACAACAACUAUCAUACGAACAGGCGCGCGGCGUCGGUGGCUGGCGUCAUGUACCCGGGCUGGAGCCAGGCCUCAGGCCUACACGGGUCGGGCCUGCCCGCCACGGGUCCCGGCUCCUACUCGGCCUCGGGGCUCGGUGGCAUGGCCUACAACAACGCCGGCCUCUCCUCCUCCUCCUCCUCGGCGGCUGCUGCUGCUUCUUCGUCGUCAUCGUCGUCUUCGUCGGUCAAUUCUGCUGCGCCUGCCUCCUCGUCGUCGACGGGAUUCCAAAGCCUGCAGCAGCAACACAUGCAGCAGAUGCAGCGUCUGCAGCAGAUGCACCAUCAGCAGAUGCAGUCUUUCAAUUCGUCGUCGUCGUUGUCAUCGUCCCUGUCGGGGACGACGACGACGACCAGCGUCGCCUCGACUGUUGCCUCGCCCGCCGGCUCAUUCACGUCCGUGACGUCGUCUGCGAACACGGCCACCUCGUCCAUGGCUCCGAUCUCGUCGAUAGCCUCCUCCUCCUCCACCUCGUCCUCCUCCUCAGCUUCAUCCACAAAGCCCUCGUCCUCCACCUCAUGCGUCACCCCGGCAUUGCCCCCGGGUCCUCCGCCUCCCCUGCCCCCGUCAGGGCCACCCUCAGGCUACGGCUACAACCCCUACUCGGUGGGUGGCGGUGGUGGUGGUGGACCCGCCACCACCACCACGAUGCCCCCCUACCACUACUCGGGACACUACGGAGGCCUGUCUCACUACCCCCCUCCAACGCAACCCCCCCAGCCGUACUCCAUGGCUGUCUCUUCAACCUCCACCUCGGUGCCUACCUCCACGGCGACCGCGAUGCCACUACCCCCCUCCGCCCUCUCAUCGGGGAUGGAACCUCAUCAUCAACAACAACACCAGCCCCAGCCGCCACCACCGCCCCUGCCACCGUCAGAUGAGCCCCUGCCGCCUCCACCUCCCGAUGAUGGCGCUGAUGAGACGGCCGUGGCCAAUGUGGGUGACCCUGAGGAGGCUGCCCGGUUGCGACAGCUUCAGCAAGCAGCUGCCCAGUGGCAACAGCGCAAGCAGUGGCAAGAGCAGCAGCAGCAUCAACAACACCAGCAGCAGCAGCAUCAACACCAGCAACAGCAGCACCAACCGCAUCAGCAGCAGCACCAGCCGCAUCAACAGCAGCACCAGCAGCAGCAGCAACAACAGCAACAGCAGCAACAACAGCAGCAUCAGCAAAUGCAACAGGGAUACAUGCAGAGCCAAGUGGUGACACCGGCGGAGACGCAGCCAGCGCCAGCCGAGAAGAGCGGAGAACAGACAGAGACGCUGGCGGAUAUUGAGUGGCAACAAGCUCAGUUCGACACGCUUUAUGCGCAGUGGAAGACGCAGUUCAACGAGUGGCAGGAGCAAUAUAAGAACCAUCCGGACCACGAGCAGUUUGUGCAGUACGAGCAGCACUGGAAGCAGUGGCAGCAGCAAAUGCAGGCGGUGGGCGCAAACCUGCAGCAGCGAAAGGAGCAGCUUACGAAGUCCACCGUUGCGCCUCCGCCCAUACCCACGCAGCCCGAGCCGGCGCUGCCAUCCGACCCUACCGCUAACCUUGCCACCAACCUUGCCGCCGCCACUGACGCCGUCGCUUCCGCUAAACAUUCCGCCGGGACCUCCAUCGACGCUGCCACCGGGCCCACCACCAGGCCCACCACCAACGCUACCGCCUGCGUAUCCCCCUACGUACCCACCGACAUUUCCUCCGGUUUAUCCGCCAAAUUACUCUCCGCUAUACCCCCAGACGAUGCCGCCAAUGUUGCCUCCAGCUCUCCCAUCGACACUCACGCCGCCCGUGAGCUCCUCGCAGGAGGUCGGCAAGGCAGCGAGCGACACAGCGGCAACCAGUGUCACGGCGGUGGCGGCAUCGGAAGGAGAGGGAUUCGCAGGACCUGUUCCCGGAGCUGCGAGGCCCUCACUGCUAUCCCCUCCUCCACACUUCGCUGGGUCCAACAUGCCCAGACUCGGUGGACCUAUGCGGUAUCCUCCCCUCUAUGGAAAUCAAAUGCCAUCUGGCGGCAGGCCUCCUCAGGGCUCCUUCCAAUCAUCCGGCCCUCAAACAGAGACGGGCAGCUCUUACCCAGGUUCUUCUCAGCGAUUCAACGACCCCUCCCCGGAACGGUCGGGCGCGACUGCCGUACCUCUGCCGGGAUCGCAAUAUUCUAGGUCCGGCCUCCCGGACGGACCCAGAGGACAGGAGGGUACCACGGACGUCGAGAGGUCAUCGGCGCCGACGACGGAAAGUUUCGGGUCAUUCAGCGGCUCCAGUUCUCAGUUCGACUCCACUGACACCCAGGAUGUGGACGCUCGCGAUAAGGGCGGUCAUGGUGAAGC